AAAAAUUGUGCGACGAUUCGUCGAUUUAGAGUACUGCACGUGCUGAGUUAGAUUUGACCCCCGGUGCGUUUCAUCAUAGCCGCGCAACACCCGGAAAAUCACUUUCUCCGCCUUUAUAUCCCAAACUCUCAUUUCGUUCAUUGAAAGCCACAGUUCCCAUAACUUGUUUCAAGAAGCUCGUCCUCCUCUUGUACAGACUUGAUUGAGCGAUCAGCUUUGUAACAAUAAUGUUGGGAUAUACGGACACCGGAUUAUGAUUGACGGCCAGAGUCAGCGGAUCUUUUGUCUUUCUAACAGGACACGCACACGUCCCACAAUUCUUUUCGGGACCUUCAAUACUUUAUAAGGCCACGACUCCGGUUCUGCUCGAAAUCGUGGUCAUCGCUCGAUCGGAGAAACAUCCUUCUUUGUACUCCAAUUCUAGACUUCUCGAGCCGUCGAUAAUCCAUUCUCGCUUCGCCUGGACACGCCCCUGUUGGAGCUGGAGAGGAUGAGGUCUCAGACUCGCUUGAUCACUAUAACCGUCGUAUUUGUAUUAAUUGUCUUAAGCUUCCUUCAUUUGAAAGGGACUGAUAUUCCGGAUUACCUGCCGCAGGCGGCUCAUGACUAUUUCGAGCCGGUUCGGGCUGGAGAGAAGCCGGAUUUAUCCAAUGAGUCUCCUGGUGGGGAGGGGAAAACAAAUUUAGAAGCCAUCUUAGAGGAUUUUGUCGGGCGCCCACUUCUUUCUUAUGAUGAAGCCGUGGAAUUGAACUCCAAGACCUGUCCGACGGCUGGUGUCAAUUUUGAUGCAAAUGCAGUUAAUGGCAAUGUGGAGAAGUGGCGAGAUAUACCGUCGUCUCAAAUUUCGGAUUGGCGUCACAGUAUAGCUAGUUACUUACGCCAUAAGCAAGAGGAUGAGAAGUUGAAGCUGGAAUCAGACCCCUUGGAAAGCCAGAAAGGAAAAGAGGUCAAAAGUGGAAGAGGAAUCGUCAUGGCAGCUGGAGAUCGAGAAGCUGUUGUCCGGGCACGAACCAACAUUCGAUUCCUAAAAUCAUACAACUGCACUCUACCAGUUGAGAUAUUUCACUUUUCAACCGAGUUGUCAGCACCAGAUAAAAGCUUGCUCGAAGACCUAUCUCAACUCGAGCUUUCACCAGAAAGCCAAGCGGAACAGAGCGGGAUGAAAGUCACGAUCCGACUCGUAGAAGGAGUAGAGAAAGGCAAUGGAUGGAAACAAUUCCAAAUCAAAGGAGCAGCCAUCCAGCAAUCAUCCUUCGACGAAAUCCUGUACCUGGAUACAGACUCUUAUCUCCUUCGAAAUCCAGACUACAUCUUCCAAAGCAAGCAAUGGAAAGAGACCGGUCUCCUCCUCUGGCCGGACUACACCAAAUCUCAUCCUACGAACCCUCUGUGGCGUCUCCUGGGACAAAAGUGUCGAGACGAAUAUGAAGGGGAAUCCGGACAGAUCUUCAUCUCGCGCACGCUGCAUCAAGAUCUUUUAUGGUUGGUCGAGUAUUUCGCCGUCCAUCACGAAGAAUUCUACGGCUUCAUGGGCGGAGAUAGGGAUUCGUUCCGAGCAGCUGCUCUCUUACUCGGUAAGAAGUGGGCAGGGCCAGGAAGGUUGAAUGCCGCUGCCGGCAUAGUGAUGAAAGACAAUCCUCUGUCGGGCGGACAUACGAUGCUGCAGGCUGAUCACGAGGGGAAAUGGACGUUUGUUCAUGCGAAUCUGAUUAAGCAUGCGAAGUUUCCGCGUCCGCUUUGGGCUCGGAUUCAUAGGGUUGCGCAGGAUACGUUUCAGGCUGGGACGACGUAUGGGGAUAUUGCGUCGCCGAAUAAUAAGCUUGGUGAGGGGGUGAAGUUGCAUGUCUCUUCUACGCCGAGGAUGAUUUCGACUAUGUCUGCUUUUGAGGGGUAUGAUGAGGGGGUGGUUGCGGUGGAGGAUUGGGAUUUGUAUGAAGAAUUGAGAGGGUUUGAGGAAAAGUGGUUUGGGUUUGGGGGUGUACAUUGAGUGUAAAGGUCGUCGAUCGAUGAGAUAUUGUAUAGUAGAUAACGAAUUAGAUGUACAUGCAGUCUUAGAGUGUUUUAUUUGAG